AUGGAGCAGACGUCGAGCUCCAGAGCAACGCUGGCCUCGCCUCCUCGAUUGGUGAGGGCUAAAACGGACGACUCCUUCGCGCCAGCUUCUAGUCUUAUCCACAAAACAGACACAUCCGCACAGCAAGCAUUCGCGUCUUCUCUAGACGAAUUAGCAGGCGACGAAGUAGCAGGGCCAGCCGGAGCAGCUAGCUCCUCAUCCACACGAAAAGGUCAGGCCAACCGCGCCCGCACUCGGUCCGUCUCUUCCAUUACCAUUCCUGUCUCGCAGCUGACCAGAACGACACUCUCGUCUCUGCAUGUAGGCGUCGAAGAUGUACUCGAUCGCGGACCGGGUACACCAGACUUCACGCUGCCGGCCAGCACUCCCGCUUGGCGCAGAGCAGACGUCGAGCGUGGUCGAACAAUGUCGAGCCUUGGCCAAGGCUUGCAGCUCAUCUCGGAAGCCGAAAGAUCAGUGGGACCAUCAUCGCGCACCUCAGUAGCCCGGCCACGCUCCGGUAGCGAUGCCUCUGGUUCGUCUGAUUCGUCCGACUCGCAUAAAAAGAAGGCCGCACCCCUCUCUGCAUUCAGCCGACCUCGACUCUCCGCGUUACGCUCCUUUUUGUCCUCGUUUUCGGCCAAGAAUUCCACCACCAACUCGGGCAGCACUCCAAACACUCCUCAGAGCGAAGGUAUCCCUCCCCUGCAACCACAGUCGCUUGUCAUGCCUUCUGCCAGACCGGCGGCGCCGUACGGCUUGACGGGCUUGAACGACGACAGUCCUCCUCUCACGCCCGUCAGUGACCCCGAUGAACAGUGUGAGUAUCAACAAUAUGUAAAUGUUUUUCGUCGGCAGUUUAUACCCAAACAGCCAAUCCGCAGCCAUGGCCCCCCCAAGCAUCAGUGGAGCGCCGCACAAGCUGCCGCCGAUGCUGCUCAGGCGGAUCUAGAUGAGCGCAAUCGCAUCACUCCACCAGAUACAUCUCAUUGGUCAAUCUCACCACCCUUUACGAUCUCCGAUGCCGCAUCGCCAGUUGCGAGCUCCAGAGCAUUCUCGCCUCCUACGCGACCCGAUUCGACGGUCACAUCAUCCAGCGUGUACCAGGGCAUCCUUCCAUCGCACCUCGUAUCUGGUGCUGCAGCGGGUAGCCGCUCCACUACACCGACUUCCUCGGCCACCACAUCCACUUCGGAUCGACCUCCACGCGCAUAUAACAUGUUUGACGUCGACACAUACCGCAUCGAGAGCGCUGGCAAAACACUUCUCGCCCUCCUGCCACGCAUCCAGAUCAACCUCAGCUCGUGGCGACUCUCGAUGCCCAAUUUGCGACCCCACCUUCCACGCCUUGGUUUCCUCUUUGCCAUCUUUGCAGCGUCUACCUGUUGCAUCCUGUUCAUGCUCUCAACCUUGCCCUUGACGCUUCCAAAGCACAUCACGAGCCUCACCUUGGCCGAGAUCAAGGAAUUGGCGAUGAGUCUCAAGCUCUAUUCGCAGAGCAGCAACAAGGCUUUCAUUCACACACUUGUGGUAUUGGGCACCUUUUUCACAUGGAAGCAGUCUUUCACGAUCCCGGGAAGUCUGAUCAUGAACGUUGUCUUUGGUGCUAUGUACGGGACGUACUCGGGCACGCUCUACACGUCGGUAUUGACAUCGGUGGGUGGUGUGUUUUGCUACCUGUUAUCGGCACCAUUGGCACCGCUGAUCACGUCGUUGCCAGGAUUGGCCAAGCCGCUGGAUGCUAUGCGAAGGGCCUUGUCGCCCGGCCGAGCGAGGGCCUCAGGACGCAGCGUCGUGAUCUCCAACAUGAAUGGUGGUUCAAACGGAAACGUGUGGACGUACCUGCUUGUCCUUCGCGUCCUACCUAUCGUACCCUACGGGCUGAUGAACAUUGCCUGCGGCGUUCUCGGCGUACCUCUCGCACCUUACGCCGGUACCUUGGCAGUCGGCUCGAUCCCGUGGAACUUUGUCACGUGUCAAGUGGGAGAUUUAUUGCAAGAAAUUGUCGAAGCAUUACCUGUCGACGAUGGAAUGACCGUCUCUGGGCUUAAAGAUAAAGCGAAGAGCAGUGCGGGCGGAGGCAUGCGCGCGAUCGUAGAUCGGAUCUGGAACAGGGAGAUGGUGGUGAAGUUAGUCUUGCUCAGCAUUGCAAGUUUGCUGCCGAUGGUGUUGAGCAGGUAUUUGAAGCGAAAACGUAAACAGGCUGAAGCGGAGGGGUAUCAUCCAUUGAAUGCAAACGAAGAGGAGCAUGAUCAUAUCGAUGACGAGGAAUCGGAUAGACCCGGAUCAAGACGUAGUUCGACCUUGUGGACAGGCGGAGUAGCGGAGAAAAGGUUGCCAACACAGACAAUUGAAUUGGACAACGUGGACGGAUCGGCUUUCGCAUCGCAAGCCAGCGUCGGUCGGAAUAAUAGUAUGCGGAGCGCUUGGUUGUAA